GCACCGUGGUCCGAUCCUGUCCGCCACAAAAUGAACGAUUACGUCAUAGCGUCGCCCCAACACUCGACGCUUUCCGACGACAACGACGCCAGCUCCAGCCGAGAAACCGCCCUCCUAAACAAUGGCAACUCCUCCUCGAACAAAUGCUUCAAGACGGCCUACGUCGCCCCCGCGGAAAAACAAAAGAAACCCGUAGCCAGGGGCCGUAAAACGUUCGCCUUUUGGACCCUCGUCUGUCUUUUGUUCCUGCUGGCCAUCGGCAACUUGAUUUUAACCAUGACGAUCUUGGGCGUCCUGAAAUUAGGAAACGGUAUGCAGAGUAUCGAGCUUCUUCCCAAGGAGGGGUUCUUAAAGAUGUUUGGAAACGUUGAUUUGGAUCACAUCUAUAAACAAGACGGAAAAAUCGAAGGUUUUGACGAUGAAAACGUCGAAGUUACCACAGACGACGGUUCGAUUAUGCUGAAUCUUUAUACCAAAACGAAUCGCGUGGUCAAUAAGCUUCAAAUUGAUAACAACGAAACUGUAUUCAAGGGUUUCAAUAAGUUCGUGGUCAAAAACAAGCAACAGGACACCAUUUUUGACCUGACCAAUCCUGUCUUCAAUAAUGUAAAGAAUGUUUAUAAUUUUAACAGCAAAAUUGUUGAGACUAACACUGUAAGAAGCCCGUUGAAGGAAAAUCUAAAAAUUGAAGGAGAGAGCGUUCAUCUAAAUGGAGCCGAAGGUACUAAAUUAGAAGCACGAGAAAUAGUAUGGAGCGCUGACCAAGAUAUUUACCUAAAAGCGAAAAACGGUUCGAUAGUCCUAAGCGGAAAAGAGGGCACGUAUAUUGACGUUAGGAGAAUCCCAAUUGCAAAACUGGAUAAAAAGAAUUAUGUAACAGCUCAAUUUAAAAUUUGUGUUUGUAUGCCACAGGGAAAAUUAUUUAGGGUACCUGUCGCCAAUGCAAAUGACCCUGUAUAUUGUCAUCAUGUAGACAUGUCCCCUCAACACAACCCUUGUAUGUAAUUUAUUAAGUUUUGUAAAUAUUAUUAGUUUAUGGUAUAGAAAUUUUAGUUUAGUUAUUUAGGAAUUAUAUACAAAAUAGAUCAAUAAAAUUACUGUUUGUUGUUUAAA